CGCGUCUCCAGCUGAUCGUCAGUGGUUCCAGCACCAUCUCGUCCACCAGAUUCGCACUGAUCUUUGGCACAAUACGUCCCUUAGAAUCAAACGUCGGUCUAAAUAACGCGCAGAUGUCAGAGCUGGUUUUUAACGCAUCUUUGGCCGCGCGAGGAUGAUGCCUGGAGCUCGCGUGUCCUUGAGUUGAGCACCAGCAGCAUGGCAUGGUUCUCCAUCGCACGGCCGAUUGCUUCUCGAAAUGAAAGCGCAUGGUGAUGAAAUAAGAGUAAAUGUGUAUUUUCGCUCUUGUGUGCGCUGGAGAACACUGCUGGGCCGCCUGUAAUGGAGGAGACGAGAUGAGAAAGUGAAGGCGUGUUUGGAGAGCAAUCUUUAUUUGUGUUGUGCAUCAUCAGUGUUACUGUGAAGAUGCCGAGGAGUUUACGCAAGCUGGUGCACCUGGUGCUCUUUUGUCCCUUGUCUAAGGGUCUACAGUCCCGUUUACCUGCAGUUAAGGUCAAGUACCUGUUGGUGGCGUGGUUUGGGAUUCUGGUGGCCAGCUGGGUGAUCUAUAUGCAGUAUUCCUCUUAUUCAGAGCUCUGCAGAGGACACGUCUGUACCAUGCUCAUCUGUGAUCAUUAUCGCAGAGGUAUUAUCUCAGGGUCAGUGUGUAAGUCUCUCUGCGAGGAGAAAACACUGUCUCUUCAACGCUGUCUUUCAACGUCACCGACACAGCAGAUAUACGGUGCUGUGUGGAAGGAGAAAGCCGUAUUGGUGAAGUGUGGGAUUGAAGAGAGCAUGAGAGGAGAAAACGGUCCUGACUCUCCACUACGGCAUGACAACAGCAUCUACGAUAAACCCACCCGCGGAACAUCCAUGGAUGAAUUCAGAGCGAUGCUGCAUUCCUUUCUCAAGGACAGUGUUGGUGAGCAAUCAUCUCUUAGCACUCUUGUAGCUCGCGUGAUUUCUCUGGCGGAUGUCAACAGUGAUGGCAAAGUUUCGUUAGCGGAGGCGAAAUCCGUGUGGGCUUUGCUUCAGAUCAAUGAAUUUGUUUUAAUGGUGGCACUGCAAGAUAAAGAACAUGCUCCACGCUUGCUGGGCUUCUGCGGAGACCUUUAUGUGACUGAACCCGUAGCAUACAGCGCCCUCUUCAGGCUGGAGGUGCCCGGUUGGCUGCAGCCAGUGUUUCCUGAGGCGCUGGGUGUCGCUCUUAACCAGUGGCUUGCUCCUGCAUGGCCACGCAGAGCCCGAAUCACCAUUGGACUUCUAGAGUUUGUUGAAGAGGUGUUCCAUGGCGUAUACGGAAGCUUAUACAUAUGUGACGCAAGCCCAAGACGGGUCGGCUACAAUGUGAAAUAUGACUUCAAAAUGGCAGACCUUCAAAGCGUAGCAUCGGAGGCAACCGUCAAGGGGUUUCUGCGAGGGAGAACUUGUGAAGCAAAUGCCGAUUGCACUUAUGGGCGAGAUUGCACAGCAACGUGUGACCGAUUGGCAAGGCAGUGCAACGUGGAGGUGGUGCAGCCCAACUUGGCCAAGGUGUGUGCCCUCCUGCAAGACUUCCUACUCUUCGGAGCGCCGUCAGACCUGAGGGAGGACCUGGAGAAACAGCUACGCACCUGUGUGACGCUCAGCGGACUUGCCUCACAGAUGGAAGUGCACCAUUCCCUUGUUUUGAACAACCUCAAAACACUAUUGUGGAAGAAGAUCUCAAAUACCAAGUACUCCUGAGACCAACAUAGGGAUGAUCAAGAGAAAGGCAAUGAAGAGCGAGAGAAUUGGAGACUUCCAGAGAACAAAAGUGGGGUCAGUACAAUAAGUUCUGGAGGGCCAACAGAAUAGCUGAACUCUGCCAGCCACUACGGACUUCAAAUUUGUCAAACAUCAAUUGCAAACAUAGGAGGUUGGUGAAUGCAAGUUCAGAAAAGGCAUGCACUACAUCCCCACCCUCAGUUUUACUUCAAAAACUCAACUGAAGAACAUUAAACCCUAUAGAAACACUUACGGAAGACUCAUUUUCUUCUGCCCAAAAGUUCCAAGGUGAAGACUGUCGAGUGGGAACAAAGACAACUGGAAGACAUUUCUUUGACCAUGCAGCCCCUUGGCAAGUGGGUCCUUUUUGGUGAACUUUUGACUAAGGAUCUGGGCUGCAAGCACAAAGAUAGGAGAUCCUUGUCCAUUUCCAAGUAGAAGAAACCCAAGGAGUUUCCAAGAGGAUGGUCUUGCUCUACAUCCCCUUUCUCUUUUACUUUAGUUACUCAAAUGAAGACCCUUUGACCCUAAUAAAAAAUCCUCCAGAACAAUCUCUUUCCUUUUGCCAAAAUAGUCAAGUUAAGACUGUUCUUAAUUGGAGAAAACCAACUGGAGGACAUUUCUUUGACCAUGUAUUCCCUUCCAAAUGAUAUCUUGAGUCCUGCUUGGUGGACUUGUGGGCAAGGAUCUGGGCUGCAAGCACAAUGAUAAUAAGGUCAGUUCCAAGAUUUAUCCCAAGGAAAGGAGAGUUUCUGAGAGAACGGUCUUACUCUACAUUCAAACCCUCUAAUUUACUUCAAUGAGUCACCUGAAGACCCUUUAACCCUAUUGGUACACCUUCAGAAGAAUCUCUUUCCUUUGACUGAAAGGUCCAAGGUGAAGUUAGAAUGUCUAAGGACAUUUAUUUAACCGUGCAACCCCUUCCCAAAUGAGUCUUUUUUUGGUGAACUUUUGGUUAAGGAUCUGGGCUGCAAGCACAAGGAUAGUAGGGUCAAUUCCAAGAAGUAACCCAAGGAAAAAGUUUCUAUGAGGAUGGUCUUGCUCUACAACCACGACACCCAUAAGCAAGAUGCGCAACUUUUGGUUGCAACAGCAGGAUUGUUCCUGGAAUGCUCUUCUAAGUUGCUUUUUGAAGGAUGUAAACUAUAGCCACACCCGUUUUAACGUUCAGCUCAGAAGAAUAUGGAUCUUUAGCAAUGUUUGGAAGCACCCUUCCUUUGAAGUCAGGAAAUGUUGGGACUCUACGCCAAAACCUGCAACACAACCAAGACGUCUACACUGAAUUCACUUAAUAGGAACGAGUGAAGGUUAUAUAUUAUGUCUUUUUACAGGGUGCAUGUUGUGUUCGUAUGUGUGUGCGCUUGUUCUGGGAGGAUGUUUCUCUCAUGUUGUAGUUUUCACAGGAAGGAUACUGCUUUUUCGAGCAGUCUGGAGAGUUUGUGAUGGGAUUUGUACUUGAACUGUGAAAUUACUUACUGUGUUUCUCAGGGUUUGUCUGUAAUGUGCUUGGAACAAGAUUACUAUUAACAUUA